UCAAAAUUUAACCUAGAAGUUUCUUAAGAUUUCCUUCAAAAUUUCCCGACUCCCCUUCUUAACUCUCUUUUUCCCACAUCCCCGCCGCCAAACAAGCCUCUCCCUCUCCUCCUCCGCCUCCCACCGUUCAAGUUUCCGGCAGACCCUGAAAUUAAAUAAGGUUGUUUUUUAGCUCAUUAUUAUCAGAAAUGAGAAUCACUCGAGCUAUGUUGAGAUCACUCAUUGGUGGUUUUACACGUCCAGUUCAGUAUCUUGGAACUGUUAGAUCUUUCUCCACAGCAAAUAAGUUUGAUGGAAAUAUUCCGAAUUCCGGUUCGUUUGAAUCAUCUGAAGAAUUUGAAGGAAGAAUAUUCGGUGGGUUUUCCAGUGAUAGUCCAAAAGCUCAAGCUUUUUACGAAAAGCUUGAUAAAGUUGAGAGGUCUCGAUAUCGAUUUGGUCCUUCGAUGGCUAAUAGAGACGAGCCAAUGACGGAUGGAUUGGACGAGAGUUUCAGUACGUUAUCGGAUGGAAUGGAUAUGAAAUUGAAGAAAGCAGCCACUUACUUUGAGUUUGAUCUCAAUGAAGUUCAAAAAAAUGAUUAUGCUUUUAGACCCGAUGUUACCUUUCAUUCCGGAUCGACAUACGAACCCAAGGAUCUCGAUCUUAGAAGACCGGGAGUACGUAAACCUCCCAAAACUGCCACAUUUGAAGUAACUACAGAGGAAGUACUGAAAAAAGCUGAUUUCCGGAAUGUAAAGUUCCUGGCACAGUUCUUAACCGAGGCUGGAAUCAUUAUAAAGCGGAGCUCGACCGGUAUUAGUGCCAAGGCUCAAAGGAAGGUUGCGAGAGAGAUCAAGACUGCUCGAGCGUUCGGUUUAAUGCCAUUUACAACGAUGGGGACAAAGUCAUUCGUUUUUGGAAGAUCAAUGGAAGUUGAUAAUAAAGAUUAUGAAUACGAGGCUUUCGAUGACAUGACUCCCGCGAUGGACGAAAAAGAUGCUUGAGCGAAGAUUUGAGCCUUGAAUAGUUCCAUUUUUAUGGUAUCCUCCUACCAUUUCUGAUGUUUUGGAUGAAACAGUUCACUGCAUUUACUAUCAUAUUAGGUGUUUUGAUUAUAUCAGCAAAUGAUGUUUUCUUCUGGACUUGUUAAAAGAAAAAAAACCUUGUACGUUCUUAGAUUGAUCUAGGCUUUUAUAUAGAAUUUAUGUUUUUUCUA